AUGAUCAGGACAAUCAAGCCAAAGAACGCUCGUUCCAAGAGAGCUUUAGCCAAGAAGGAAGCCAAGCUUGUUGAGAAUACGAAAUCUGCCCUUUUUGUUCCAGGAUCUACUGGUAACAAACUUCUUCACGAUGCCAUGUGUGAUUUAAUGGCUUUAAAAAAGCCAUUUGCAAAGAAAUUCUCCAAAAAGAAUGAAAUAAGACCAUUUGAAGAUGCUACUGAAUUGGAAUUUUUUGCCGAAAAGAAUGAUUCCUCAUUAAUGGUGUUUUCAUCUCAUAAUAAGAAAAGACCAAAUACGUUGGUAUUCACCAGAUUCUUUAACCAUAAAGUUUAUGAUAUGAUUGAGUUGUCGAUACAGAACAAUGCCAAGUUGUUACAAGACUUCAAGAAGCUCACAUUCACAAUCGGAUUGAAACCAAUGUUUGUGUUUAAUGGUCCUGCAUUCGAUAACCAUCCAGUUUAUCAGCAACUUAAAUCAAUUUUUAUGGAUUUCUAUCGUGGCGAGGAGACAGAUUUACAAGAUGUUGCAGGUCUACAAUGUAUAAUAUCCCUUUCGGUUGGGGAAAUAGAAGAUUCCAAUAACGAAAAAGAUUUGCCAAAUGUUCAUUUCAGAGUAUAUAGAUUAAAGACAUUUAAAUCAGGACAAAAGUUACCCAGAGUUGAAUUAGAUGAAAUUGGACCUAGAUUUGAUUUCAAAAUCGGUAGAAGAAGAACACCAGCACCAGAAGUUGAAAAGGAAGCCCUUAGAAAACCAAAACAAUUGGAGGCAAAGACCAAGAAGAAUAUUAGUACAGACUUCAUGGGUGAUAAGGUUGCCCAAAUACAUGUUGGUAAGCAAGAUUUGAGUAAGCUUCAAACUAGAAAGAUGAAGGGUUUGAAGGAAAGGUAUGACAUCAGUGAAAGCGAAGAAGGAGAGGAAGGGGAAGAAAAUGAGGAUGAUGUUUAUGUAUCAGAUGAGGAAUAUUUUGCCGAUGAGGUAGAAGAGCCAGAAACUAAAAGGCAAAAAGUAUAG